CACACCAUUCGCAUUUCUCCGCCGUGCGCCCACACCCAACCUGCUCCGUCUGCGUCCGGAGCGGCAGCGCAGCCCCGCAGUGGACGCAGGAGAUUGUUUUCACAGUGCGGCUGUUGUCUACAGAUCUGCGGCCUCGGCACACGGGGACACCGGCCCGGCUCUCUUUCUUGCUCUCUCCAUUCAUCCUGCCUGGCUGCCAUCAACGCUCGCGCACUCUGCGACUGCUGGCACCAUCCAUGUACUGUCAGUGUGGAUAGUGGCUUAUUUACUGUGCAUCAUCUGACAGGAGGACACACCUGAAGGCACCAUGAGCAGCACUGUGUUUCAGCAGCAGGCUGUCCACAGCCCUCUGGAGCAGCAGAAGCAGAAGCAAGCAGGAGGAGGAGGGGGACCGAUCCCCUGUCAGAACUGCGGGAAGCCCUGCAAAGGGGAGGCGCUGCGUGUUCAGAACAAACACUUCCACAUCAAGUGCUUCGUCUGUAAAGUUUGUGGCUGUGAACUGGCCCAGGGAGGCUUCUUCGUGCGUCAAGGUGAAUACAUCUGUACUCUGGACUACCAGCGGAUGUACGGCACCCGCUGCUUCAGCUGCCAGGACUUCAUUGAGGGGGAAGUGGUGUCAGCCCUGGGCAAAACCUACCACCCUCGCUGCUUCGUCUGCGCCUCCUGCAAACAGCCUUUUCCAGCCGGCGACCGAGUGACAUUUAAUGGGAAGGAGUGUAUCUGCCAAAAGUGCACCCAGCCUCUCCCUGCCAACAGUCCUGCACCCAUUCAAGCCGUCCACAAUUGCUGUGGCUGUGGGAAGGAGUUUAAGAAUGAACAGUCUCUCGUCGCGCUGGACAAACACUGGCAUCUGGGCUGCUUCAAAUGUAAAGUCUGCAACAAAGUGCUCAAUGCUGAGUACAUCAGCAAGGACGGGAUCCCUUACUGUGAGAUGGACUACCACGCCAUGUUUGGCAUCCAGUGUGAGAGCUGCAAGAAGUACAUCACAGGCAAAGUGCUGGAGGCUGGAGAGAAGCAUUACCACCCCACAUGCGCCCGCUGUGCCCGCUGUGAGCAGAUGUUUGCAGAGGGAGAAGAGAUGUAUCUGCAAGGGUCUUCUAUCUGGCAUCCUCCAUGCAGACAAGCAGCCAAGCAGGAGGAGAAGAGCAAGAAGCAGGUGCGGAUACAGCUCAAUGAUGUCCCCGAGGAACAGGUGACACGGACUUCCUCUGAGAGCAUCACUUCAGUCCCCGCGUCCAGCGCCUCAGGCUCCCCCAGCAGAGUUAUCUACGCCAAACUAGGGGAGGAGAUGCUGGACUACAAAGACCUGGCGGCUCUCCCAAAGACCAAGGCCAUCUAUAACAUAGACAGGCCUGAUAUGCUGUCCUACUCCCCCUAUGUCAGCUACCCAGCCGAGGAGAGGCACUAUGGAGAGUCCCCUCAGCUGCUUUCUCCUACUCCUACAGAGGGCGAUGGGGAGAAGUCUCCCCGGCAGAGGAGGCCAUCUAGUCCCAGCUCCAACAGCUCCCUGGGGGGCUACGGGCGCUACACCCCGUCUCGUUCCCCUCAGAAUUACAGCCGAGCAGGGCCAGAGGUUUACCUUGGUGGCAGAAACAGCGGCCAGUACCGUGAUUGCACUUCCCUCCCUUUGCCCCCAAACCUCAUGGGUGCCAGUAAACAGCCCUCCACCUGGGCCAGGGACUCAUCCUCCCUGCCUGUGUAUUGUUCUGGUGGGGCUGAAGGUGUUGGUGGUGUUGGUGGCAAGUACUCACCCACACCAGGAGGUGGCAGUGCAGGUUUGUCUUUACACCUAAACCCCACCACCUUGGCCCUGUUGCAGCAGCACAACUACAUCCCGUACUUCAGAGGGUUCAAACAGGACCCCCUACCUGACCCUAAAGCUAGGACCUCCCUGCAUCUCAGUUUACGUCCUCCUAACGGUAGUGAAAGUGGUCGCAGCACCCCCAGCUUAUCCACCUACUCUGAUGGAAAAUCCCCCUCAUCUACUUCCACAUACGUGGCUGCUCCCCGACAUUUCCACAUACCAGAGACUAUGGUCAAAGAUAAUAUCUAUAGAAAACCUCCCAUCUACAAACAGCAUGCUUCUAGAACAUCUUGGCAGGAUGGGGAUGAUAGCAAGAGAACCAGCUGGAUGAUAUUGAAGAGUGACAUUGAUGGACAGAUGGGUCCAGAAGACCUUGACCCCCGCAAGUCUACUUGUAGUCUGCCCACUGACACCUCUCAGCCCAAUUUCCCUUACAAUAAGUCUGCGUCUCUACCUGGAUAUGGAAGAAAUGGCAUUUACAAGACUGCCGAGAUGGUGGAAGAUGAACUGGACACAGACACCCAGAGCUGGGGAGGCACCAGAGAGUACAAGGUCUAUCCGUAUGAAAUGCUGGCAGUGACGCAUAGAGUGAAAGUAAAGCUGCCCAGAGACGUAGAUCGCACCCGACUGGAGAGACACCUUUCUCCUGAGGACUUCAUGCAUGUUUUUGGCAUGACCCUGGAGCAGUUCGACCGCCUGGCCCUGUGGAAGAAGAAUGAUCUGAAGAAGGCGGCCCGUCUUUUUUAGACAUCCGUGCCAGCGUCUGUCUUGAAAGAAGCAGAAGUAAAACCAACCCAUCCGAAGUAUCUAUAUAUGCACCGCCAUGAUCCCCCCUACUUUCCAGCUGUAAAACGCCAUCUGCCUGUGACGCUGGGGACAUUUUCACAAUGUAGAGGCAGCAUCUAUAGCUUUUUGUAUGCAAUGUGGUCCGAAUGUUGACUGACGAGCCUGCAGAAGAGGACGGGGAGCUGCAUUUGCAUGGCCUUGUUGAUGCUCCUUGCCUCCCAUGUGGUUUCUGUACGUUACUCCUCUCCCACCUGUCCUGACGCUUUCAUACACCCUUGCAAAAAUAACAGCUUUUUCAUCUACUAGUGCAGGCCUUGCUCCAGGUUUCUGUGGGAGUGUGUUACCGUACAGUACAGUAUGUGCACCUUCUUUUACUCCUUCAAUCUUUACUUACCUCUCUGCUUCCAGUUUUUCACCUGCAGCUGGUUUCUUUUCACUUUGCAAUGGUUUAUCUUCUCGCCUGACCUUAUAUACCAUUUAUUUUCUUUCUCUCUCUCUCAAUCAGUUAAAGUUGUUCUCCAUGCACUGAAUGGCUGUUACGUUGCCAAGACAGUUUAUUUGAAACUUCUGCCACUACUUUGGAGCAGCAGAGAUUGCAGAUUUAUAAAAACCUACUGUUUCAAGCACCACAAGGCCAAAUACUGGACGUCAACCUCUGGAAUUCAAAAGCUGUCAAGAAGCACCUUAGCAUAUGCUUUUCUUUUCAAAAUAUCACCUUCUUUUCAGUUGAAGAGGUUAGAAGAGGCCAGCUGGGUGAUUUUCGUACAAUGAAUCACAGACAGAGGGAAGGAGAGGGAGUGCAGUACACAAGGGUUCAGGGUGUACAAAAGUGUCAAAGUGCAGAAUUGAGCCCUCAGUAAAAAAACAAAACAAAUGCAAUUAUUUUUCUAAGCUAUUUUUGACCUCUGAACAGGAUCAUUACACCGAUUUUGUCAUGACUGUGAGAACACAUGGUUUUGCUAAGAAAAACAGCCCAUGGAGACUAUGUUAAGCUUCACAAACCUGCAGCAGCACUUAAGCAUUACACAUUUGCUUGACUUAAACUUUUUUAGCCUAAUUACUUUCACUGUUAUAAAUUAAACUCUACAUAUUUGUUGCUUGAAAGCAUUGUUGCGUACAGUUAAAGCUACACAAUCUGUCAGCUCUGCUCGAUUUUAUGGACUGUACAUUGAUCAGGUCGCCAAUUAACAUACUGUAAAAUGUAUGUGAACAUAUACUGGACAUAUAACAGAUAUAUCUGUCUGUAUUCAAGCCAUGGUGUAUAACUCUUCAGGCAUGUAUUAGGAUGGAAGAUGGGGUUUGUCUACUGACCUCAGCGUACAAAUGUAUCAAAACAUUAUUCUUAAUGUGAUAUGAGUGACUGGAUUUGUUAAACAAUGUCAAAUGAAGUGCCCAGGUCAGCUGCCUACAUUAGCUUGUGUUAUUAUUUAAUUGCAAUAUAAGGAAGGGAUUUUAAUUUGAAAUCUUAUGGGUGUAGUGUCAAAUGCAUAGCAUCACAGAGAAGAGAGCUUUUGAAGAAAAACAUAUCAGGUUUUAAGUUUGUUUUGAGUGUCAAAUCAAAUUUGUGCUCCUGUAAGUAACACACUAACUGUUGUCAACAAGUGUCACGUUGUCUUUCUAAUAUUCAUCUGCUAUUAAAGUGCUUUAUGCAAAAUACACAGUA